AUUACAAUACAACCUCUAUUAUUUUGUUAUUUAUUUAUUUGCUUGUCUAUUAUUUUCCAAGCAAUUUUGAGAGCUAGGCCUAGUCCCUCCCUUUCUAGCUUCUUUCUUGCCUGAGGCAAUUUGGAUCCCAAUCAUCACAAAUAUGCUUCUGUUUUUGUCACAAAAACAACUCAUGCUUCAAGAGAACAAAAUUCAAUUAAAUACAUGUAUGAAUGUUAAGCUAGUAGCUUCGAUUAGGCUGUUUAAUGGUCCCUCAAAUCAAUGAGAGAUGGAAUAACGUAAAGUUUGCAUACCAUGUGUAGUUGAAGACUGGUCCAUCCUUUAAUUUCAAACAUGUAUAAAAUUAUAACUUUGAUCUUUUUGAUUUUAACUCUAACAAAAUGUUCAGACAAUUCUCCUAAGGCAAAGAUUAGAAGAUAUAUUCUGUACGAUGUCAAUCCUGGUGAAGGUUUUAACUUGAGGCGGGAUGUCUACAUGAGGAUGGCAAUCUUUAUUCAUAAUCUAUCCAACAAAUCUGAAUUUGAUUGGCAUCUUGUUCUCCCCCCUUGGAAUAAACUUUGGCAUUGGAGAAAUGAUUUACAUGCAUCUUAUCAAUGGAACAUUUUUUUUGAUAUCCCAAGUCUUCAGCUAUUUGCACCAGUAAUUGAACUCGAAGAUUUUAUUUCUGAUUACAGUAAAGAAAUAGACGAAGCCUAUGUAUUACAGCACUUUCCUGAUUUCUACUCGUGGACAGAGGGCAAAGAGAUUGAUUGGUCAGAGAGGUGGAAUUAUUCAGAGUGUAGAAACAGUCACAGAAAUGAAAGUGAUGAAACAUUCUUCUUUUUUGACGGGCGAAUUACGACAAAGCAUUUCAGAUGCAUAUCUUUUCAUGGUACGUCAGGGUUUCUAGAAUCAGUUGUUUCAUCCACCAACGCCAGGGCUGUGAUGUUUGAUAGGGCAGAAAUAGUGACACAUAUGCUGUACGGGGACAGUGACUACUGGACGUGCAGGCGAAGUAUGCGAUUCGCCAAACGACUGGUUGAAGUUGCUAGUAAUUAUCGAGCUGCUCACUUAAACUCAAGUGAUGUUAACGAUGGAACAAUAAGGCCUGUUGACUUUCGAGAUGAAACUCCUCAAAGAUCAGCGAAAGGAGGACCUUACCUCAGUGUACAUCUGCGAAGACAGGAAUUUAAGGUAGGCCAUCCCGACGCGGUCCCAACAAUCCAUGAGACAGUUCAACAAAUAAAGAAACAUUUGAAUGAUUUAGGUUUAAACACUGUAUUUGUAGCUACUGAUGCAACAGAACAGGAAUAUAUUAGAAUCAAAAGCAUGUUGCACGCAGAUAAUCUAUUCGCCAUCAGGUUUUUAGACACAAUUCCUAAUAAUAAAACAUUUAAAGAUGCGGAAUUGGCUAUUAUCGACCAGAUUAUUGCAUCACAUGCAAAAUAUUUUGUUGGUACUUAUGAAUCAACGUUUACAUAUCGCAUCCAAGAAGAACGAGAGAUAUUAGGCUUUCUUCCGGAAACAACAUUCAACCGUUUCUGUUCAACAUCCAUUAAGGAGAAUUGUGUUAAUCCUACUAAAUGGUUGAUAGAAUUUCCAGAAGAUGAAUCUCGACAUAGCUCUCAUACGAUCAACUAUCGUAAGUCUGAUGAACUCUGAAACCAAGAUUUGGAGUGUCUUGAACGCUCAAGUGUACAUAUAAAUCUUAAGAAUAAAGUGCCAUAUGAGAUAAGCUUUAAACCAUUUGUAAAAAGUAUAUUCCUAAGAUUGAGCUUAUGUUUUCCUGUUUGGAAUCAAUCACCGUUAAUUUUUUAAUGUAGCAGAACCUCAAAGAGUUUUAGUUUAUGUUUAGUUUAGUGGUGCAGAGGUAAAAGUAUACUAGCUACAGUAGACUCCCUCUUUUCCGGACACCUUUUAACCGGACAACGGUUUAACCGGACUACACUCGAUGGAAAUGACAUCUCUUUAACCGGACAAUUUUUAUCAGCACAUUGGUUUAACCGGACUAGAUCGGCAGGAAGUGGCCGGUACUGAAACGACUGUUCUCGUGGGAAAGAUUUGAGAACAGUAAUCACAUGUCUAAAUACAAUGCUCUCCUAAAUUUAAGUCGAAUAUCACCGUAAACGGUCCGUUUUAAUGAGUUUUUGGGGACGUCGGCUUAACGGGAAAACCCGUUAUCCGGACUGGCCUCGGUCCCUAGGAGUUCGGAUAAGAGGGAGUCUACUGUAUCUAAACAAGACCUAAUCUUUAGAUUGAAUUUUGCAUACACUUUUAGGGAUUUAGUAUGCCAUGUAGGCCAAUUAUUUGAUUUUAUAAAUAAAUACUGAUUGAUUCCCAAACUCCCAACUGAUUUGUUGAACUACGGUACGCAUAAGUACGUGAUAAGUAAAAAAGAUCAGGUCCUGUAGUUUAAAAAGUUUUCUUUCUGAUUCUGAUAUUAUAUAUUCUUACAUACAUUUUUUUACUAUUAUACAACAUCUAUCUAUAUAUUAAUAGGCAAGCAUGUUUCUUUAAAACCUUUUUUCUCAGCUCGUGUGCAUCGCAGGAAAAAUCUUCGCAUACUGUUAGAAAGAUAUUUUUCUGUAGGUGUGCAGAAUCCCUUUAAAAAUUAAAAUAGGCUCAGAAAUAAACACAAAAAAUGAAUUUGAAAAAAAUUAACAUGGGCUUUAUGGGUCUCCAUGCUGGAGACGAAAUAUAAACAGAAAAUCAAAACAAAUUGAAGAAACUCCAAUCACAUGUUUUAUUUACAGUAUGGGGUGAAAAUAGAGAAGUCUGUACAUUACAAAUUUUUGGUCGAGUUUCGACCACAGGACGACCUCUAGUAAUCAAUUAAUACUUGGUUAAUUUAUUUCCAUUACAUGUUAUUGUUAUCUUGGUUUUUCUUUUCACAAUGACGAUUUGGAUUUUGGUAUUUUAAUAUGUGCGGCAGUAAUAUAAAAAUAAAAUGGUAUGUUAAGCUGUGUUGUUCCACAGUAUCGAAAUUUUGUAUCAUUACAUGUUUUUAUCAUGACAAUAAUUAAUAGGUAACGCAUUUUAAAAACUAAUAUUUGUUUUUAUUGAAUUUGGCUUGUAGUGUCUAUUUACCCAAGUAGAUUUACAAUAUAUGUACUUACUUUGUAUUU